AUGCAUUCAGCACCCGCAGUGCAGGGAUCUUCAGAGGCUGAGCAUGAACCUGAGCCUGAAGCAUCACAAGCUGAGGAUGACCUGUUGGACAUAGACUUAGAACCAAUCCUCGAAGAGGAACCGGAGGAAGAAGAACCAGAGGAAGUGGAGCCCGAGGUAGAACCCGAGAACGAAUCUGAGGAGUCAGAAGAGCCUGUAGGAGAACCGGAUUAUGUACUCCCAUAUGAACAAUCCCCAUCCUUAAGCAUGCCGCCAGCGAGGCAUUUUGGGGUCCCCAUGCAUACGGUGCAUGACGAGAUCGAAUAUCCGUUUCAUUGUGUUGGGUUGGAGACUACUGGGCCAAUCCGUGGUUUUGAGAGGCUACAGCAUACUAGCGAGGAUGCGGUGAAUUGGGAGCCCUGGGACAAGUAUACUCCCGAUGGCGAGGUGACGGAUCCCGACGAUCUACCGGAGAACCCAGAGCCAGAACCCGAGCCUGUACCAGAGCCAGAACCCGAGCCCGAGCCCAAGGAGGAGCCUAUGGUGUCUGAGCACGAGGAGGAGCUAUGGUAUCCGAGCACGAGGAGGAGCCGAUCGAGAUCGACUAGGACACGGAGUCAGAGCCUUCAAGGUCCGAUUCAGAUUGGGCACCAUAAGGGUGUUUAG